AUGACGAUUGGCAAUUCAAUACCCAUCGAUGUGUCUCUACUUGAGGACAUGGAACAGUCUGCACUACAGCUCUCCUCACAGCUUGAAGCACUUCUCUCAGGCAUUCAGGCGAACCUCCAACGGGCUGCGGCUGCAACAUUAGGAUCUGUCAAAGUGUAUGAAUCGACACUAGUGGACGGUGUCUGUGAACAGGUCAAAGCCUGCGUAGAACAGACAACAGAUCUCAUUAGUCGAUGUGACGAAAUGGAUAAGGACAUGGCUUCUGUAGUAGCAGUUGCUGCACAAGUUCGAGCGAUUAAACAAGCGGUCGAUAUCCUUGGAUCAUCUCUUAAUAAAAAAUAA